AUGGCGGCGGCGGCACUGAGGCACCCGCCUCAGGCCUGUGUGACCUUUGAAGACGUGGCCGUUUACUUCUCCCAGGAGGAGUGGGGGCUCCUUGAUGAGGCACAGAGGUUCCUGUACCAUGAUGUGAUGCUGGAGAACUUUGCACUUACAACAUCCCUGGAUUGUCAGUGUGGAGCAGAGGAUGAGGAGAUCCCUUCUGAGCAGAGUGUUUCUGGAGGAGAGUCACAGGUCAGGACUUCUCAGUCAGUUCCAUCGACCCAGAAGACUCAUCCCUGUGAGAAGUGUGUCUCAGUCUUGAAAGACAUUUUGCAGCUGACUGAGCUCCAGGCAGCAUAUCUUGGGCAGAAACCAUACUUUGGUGAGGGGUCCAGCAGCUUCUGGUUGAAUGCAAGCCUUCACCAGUAUCGGGAGCAUGGCAAUGGAGAGAAAAACCUUAAAACGGACGUGGACAGGUCCUCGAUUGUGACGAGCUGCAGACUCCCUGUGUCAGGGAAGCCCUUCCCCUGUGGGGAGGAGGGAAAAGACUUCCUAGCUACCUUGGGCCUUCAUCAGCACCAGGCCCCUCCCAACAGUGAGAAGCCACACAGCAGCAUUGAGUCUGGGGAGGCCUUAAACAAUGGAAAAAGUCAUAACAAGUGGAUUGAAUGCAGGGAAGUUUUUGGCAACACUCAUAUACUUCACCACCAGAGAGUCUGUGCUGGAGAAGGUCUUGAAGAGUGUAGCAAAUGCAAAUAUAGACUUGUUCAGCAUCAGCAAAUUCAUGUUGGAGAAAGGGCUUAUGAGUGCAGUGAAUGUGAGAAAUUCUUUAGCCGUAAAACCCAUCUCAUUCGACACUGGAGGGUUCACACAGGAGCAAAGCCUUAUGAGUGCAGUGAAUGUGGGAAGUCUUUUAGCCAGAAAUCUGACCUCAUUCAACACCAAAGAGUUCACACUGGAGAAAAGCCUUAUGAGUGCAGUGAAUGUGGGAAAUCUUUUAUCCAGAAAUCCAUCCUCAUUAAACACCAGAGAGUUCACACUAAUGAAAGGCCUUAUAAAUGUGAUCAAUGUGGAAAAUCGUUUAGCCAAAGUUCUGGCCUCCUUCGACACAAGAGAGCUCACACUAGAGCAAGGCCUUAUGAGUGCAGUGAAUGUGGGAAAGCCUUUAACUGUAAAACCCACCUCAUUCGACACUGGACAGCUCACACUGGAGUUAGGCCUUAUGAGUGCAGCGAAUGUGGAAAAUCUUUUAGUGAGAAAUCUGUCCUCAUUCAACACCAAAGAGUUCAUACUGGAGAAAAGCCUUAUGAGUGCAGUGGAUGUGGGAAAGCCUUUAGCCAGAAAUCUGUCCUCAUUCAGCACCAGAGAGUUCACACAGGAGAAAGGCCUUACGAGUGCAGUGAAUGUGGGAAAUCCUUUAGCCGCAAAACCCACCUCAUUCGACACCGGAUAGUGCACACUGGAGCAAGACCUUUUGAUUGCAGUGAAUGUGGGAGAUCCUUUACUCAGAGCUCUGGUCUCCUUCGACACAGGAGAACUCACGGCAGUGAGUAUAGGAAAUCCUUUACCUGCAAAUCUGACGUCGGUCAACAUCAAAGAGUUCACACUGGAAAAAAAGGGACAGGCCCAUCCAACAUCCCAGACAACAUCAUCCUGGCCCAGGAGCUCGUUGCUGGAGAUGACAUCACCUCAGAUGAUAACAGUUCAAAUGACGUUGUCCCAACCCAAGACCUCAAAGUUGGAGUUGACUUCACCCCUUACACUAAAAUCUUCACCCCGGCAAUGCCCAUGGACUGCCUCUCCUAA